UUAGCAUGCGUUACUCGAGGCAUUUUAUCUCAAGUAUUACAAGCUUGUUUGAAUACUCUAACUACCGUUUCAGUGCAACCUUGGCUGUCUUCGAAUAUGCAAAGUCUUCCUAAUUUUGUAGUGCUUCAACUCAUCGAUAUUUAAAUUAAAUUUUGAUAGUCAAAGUGUAUUGAGGAUUCCCAGGUGAGAAAGGAAAUAUACUAGAGCAAGGAUCCUGACACAAAAUGAUUGGGUCCAAGUCGAAACAGAUCUUCGGGCUCUUCCUGUUUGUUUCGUUGGCAACAGCAACCAUUUACAUGUGGAUUCAUUACUCUCAUUCGAAACCACAGAAGGUACCCUCGGAUCCGGCUGACGAAGACCUGAAUCCACCCGACGUGGCCGUCCCCCCCGGUCCGUCCGAGACCAAGAUGGGGGUCUACCGGCAGGCGGCCAUUGUUAGUAACGGCGAGCCUUGCUCCAAGAUUGGAACUGACAUCCUACUGAAAAAUGGCAACGCAGUGGAAGCUGCUAUAGCCACACUUCUGUGUGAUGGCGUAACGUGUAUGCAGAGCAUGGGCAUAGGAGGAGGUUUCCUCAUGACUAUCUACAGCAGGGAGAAAAAGCAGGCUGUGGUAUUAAAUGCCAGGGAAACAGCUCCAAGCGCAGCCACCGAAGGGAUGUUUAAUGGCAACAGUUAUGCAUCAAAAAUUGGAGCCAGAUCAGCGGCAGUACCAGCAGAAUUGAAAGGAUACCAGGCAGCAUUUGAAAAGUUUGGAAGUGGGAACUUGAAAUGGGCCGAUCUGUUUGAACCAACCAUAAAACUGUGCGAGGAAGGAUUCAAUGUCAGCAGGCAUAUGGAGAGACAUUUGAAGCGAUAUGAGCCUGACAUUAGGCUUAGUGAGUCAUUAAGCAAAGUUCUGAUGAGGAAAGAUGGGACUCUACCAAAGUUGGGAGAUUUAGUGAAACGGCCAGCACUGGCUCAAACUUUGAGACUGAUAGCGAAUUCACCGAGAAGAGCGGAGGAGCUCUACAAUGGAAAUCUGACAGAUGCAUUCAUUCAAGACAUACAGGAUAAUGGUGGUAUCAUCACUAAAGAAGAUUUACUAAAUUACCAGGUAAGAUGGGAGGACCCAAUAAAAGCCGAGUUCUCAGACGGAAAGACAUUAUACACAGUCCCUACUCCAGGGUCUGGACCACUGAUGGCAUUCAUGCUUCAAACUUUGGAUGGUUUCCUCGACAAUGGAGGUUUGGACCACAAAAAUGUGCACAGAAUAGUGGAGACAUUCAAACACGCAUACGGACGUCGCAGUGAGCUGGGAGACCCUUACUUCACAAAUAUCACUCAGCUAUUGAAUGAUCUCAGGUCCCCCGAAUACAUUCAGCGCAUCAGAGAGAGCAUACAUGAUGGCGUAACCUCAAGUAACUACUCAUACUAUGGAGCUAAGUUCAACCUAACUGAAGACCAUGGAACCGCAAACCUGGUGGUGUUAAGCCCUACUGGAGAUGCAGUGUCUGUCACUAGCACAGUCAAUUUGGUAUUCGGUAGCAAGUUUGUUUCAAGAAGCACAGGCAUACUUCUGAACAACGAGAUGGACGAUUUCUCGGAUCCGAACAUCACCAACUUCUUCGGCAUCCCGCCCUCGCCAGCCAACUACAUCCGGCCCGGCAAGCGGCCCAUGUCCUCCAUGUGUCCGGCUGUCGUCGUCAACCCGGACGGAAGUGUCCGGCUGGUCGUCGGAUCCGCCGGAGGCACUAAGAUAACCACUUCGACUGCUAUGGUUGCAAUGCUGAACUUGUGGUUCAAUAAAACUAUCAAGGAAGCAAUAGACGAGCCACGGAUUCACCAUCAGCUAUUUCCAAUGCAAGUUUCCUAUGAAUUUGGAACAACCAAGGACAUAGUAAAAGGUUUGCGAAAAAUCGGACAUAAAACAGCAAGAGAACCACGGGGAUCAGGUGUAACUGGUAUUGCAGUUACAGAGGGAAAGAUCUAUGCUAAUUGCGAUAAAUCAAAAUAUGGCAAUCACCAUGGAUUUUGAUAUAGACUUUCGUCACCCGUCAAUUCAAUUUCUUUGGUUGGGUACCAUGGAUUUAAAGUUGUAUCCAUUAAAAAUGGCUGUGAUAUAUUAUUUAUCCACAAUAAAUCAGUUUUAUUUCUCGUUA